GGCAGAACAAAGAGAGUAUUGAUUGAUAUUCAUCACCUUCUCCUCUGUGUCAGCCAAUCACCACCUGACCAAAGAUGACAUCAGUCUUUCCGUUAGCUUUGUUGCUCUGUUUGUCCAGCGGACUGUUGACUGCAUAUGGCCACACUCCCUGCCCUCAUGGUUGGAGACACUGUGGCUCUCGCUGUUUCAGUUACAAUGCUGGGCCAAAGAACUGGAUCGAUGGAGAGUUCUUCUGCAUUUCCACUGGUGGGAAUCUGGCUUCCAUCCACUCUGCUGAGGAACAUGAAUUCAUCAGACACUACAUUAGGGAAGUGACCGGUACAGACAAAAAUGCCUGGAUCGGAGGCCAUGACGGAGUGAAGGAGGGUACGUUUUUGUGGACUGAUGGAUCCAAAUUCGACUUCACAAGCUUUGCUACGGGGGAGCCUAACGACUUUGGUGCAGGGGAGGACUGUGUUGUGAUGAACUUUAAUGGAAACAACUGGAACGACGGGAGUUGUGACAACGAGGCUGCUUUCAUCUGCUCCAAGAACAGCGUGUAACUCUACCACACCAUCAUGAUGCCUCUCCAGCUCAUCUAUAAUCUCUAUCAUUGAUUCACUUUCAGUUUGUUCAGCAGACAGAAACAGCUCUCUGCUGACAGAUGACUCACUUUCACUUGUUUAUUAUCUGAAGAGUUAGGGAACAGUUCACAUUUGGGUUUAAAAUUAGACAGAAACUGGCUCACUGAGCUGGACAAAAACUAAUCAGUAAUUGGACUUUUAAUCUACAGUAAAUAACACAAAAUGAAAUACAGAAAACAUUUGAAUACUGAAUAUUAUCUGUUAUAAACAGCGCCCACUCAUCUGAUAAAAUAUUAACACACUAAUUAGAUUUCUCUCAGAGAGUUAUUGUUCAGAUCGAUACAACUCUCAUGUGUGUACGCUAAAUAUGAAGUUCCCUCGAGCAGACUAAGCAUUCCAAAAUAAAAGACAUAUUGUCACAAAAA